GGUGGUUGAUCUUCCGUGCCCUGCUCUGCCCUCUUUAUUUUUAUUGGGUUUUGCUUUAUUUUUGCGAAGAGCUAAUGUAAAGACCCGAAGAGCUCGUCUAGGCUUUCCCCCAGUGGCUUGACAUGCUGCCUUUUGGAGAUAAGACGAGAGAAAUGGUUAAUGCAUGGUUUGCUGAGAGAGUUCAUACCAUCCCUGUCUGCAAGGAGGGGACCAAGUCUCAGAGUGAAUCCUGUGCUUGUCACCAGCCUGCCUGCCCUGAGACCACCAACUCUGGAACACCAGCAAGGAAAAUCUCUGCUUCAGAAUUUGACAGACCCUUAAGGCCGAUUUUUGUCAAGGACUCAGUAGGAGCAGUAAGCUUCCUCUCUGGCUCUGAAAAGAAGGAACAGAUGCCUCUGCAAUCUCCAAGGACUGGGACCAGUGCAGGAGAUCGGUGCUCAAGGCUUUUAGAACUUGUGAAAGACAUUUCUAGUCAUUUGGAUGUCACAGCACUUUGCCAUAAAAUUUUCCUACAUAUCCAUGAGCUUAUAGCUGCUGAUCGCUAUUCCCUGUUCUUGGUAUGUGAGGAUAGCUCUAACGAGAAGUUUCUUGUAAGCAGGCUGUUUGAUGUGGCUGAAGGUUCCACCCUAGAAGAAGCUUCAAAUAACUGCAUUCGCCUGGAGUGGAACAAGGGCAUCGUGGGCCACGUAGCAGCUACAGGCCAGCCUCUGAACAUCAAGAAUGCAUAUGAGGAUCCAAGAUUCAAUGCAGAAGUUGACCAGAUCACAGGGUAUAAGACUCAGAGUAUUCUCUGUAUGCCAAUAAAGAAUCAUAAGGAAGAGGUUGUUGGUGUGGCUCAAGCAAUUAAUAAGAAAUCUGGAACUGGUGGGACUUUCACAGAACAAGAUGAAAAGGAUUUUGCUGCAUAUUUGGCAUUUUGUGGAAUUGUUCUUCACAACGCUCAAUUGUAUGAAACAUCUUUGCUUGAAAACAGGCGUAAUCAGGUGCUUCUUGAUCUUGCCAGCCUUAUUUUUGAAGAACAGCAGUCUUUGGAAGUAAUUCUGAAGAAGAUAGCUGCCACUAUAAUAUCCUUCAUGCAAGUGCAGAGGUGUACCAUCUUCAUAGUGGACGAAGAUUGCACUGAUUCAUUUUCUAGUGUGUUUCAUAUGGAAGCUGAGGAAUUAGAAGAUUCAGCAGAAAAUCAGAAGAGGGACUAUGGUACAAACAAAAUUAAUUAUAUGUAUGCUCAGUAUGUCAAGAAUACAAUGGAGCCUCUCAACAUCCCAGAUGUCUGUAAAGACAGAAGAUUUCCCUGGACAACUGACAGUGCAGAAAGUGUAAGUCAACAUAUAAAGAGUUUGCUGUGUACACCAAUAAAAAAUGGGAAAAAGAAUAAGGUAAUAGGGGUUUGCCAGCUUGUGAAUAAGAUGGAAGAAAACUCAGGCAAGAUCAAAGCUUUCAACAGAAAUGAUGAGCAGUUUCUGGAAGCAUUUGUCAUCUUUUGUGGCUUGGGGAUUCAGAAUACACAGAUGUAUGAAGCUGUAGAAAGAGCAAUGGCCAAGCAGAUGGUGACAUUAGAGGUUCUCUCUUACCAUGCUUCUGCUGCUGAGGAGGAAACAAGGGAGCUGCAGGUAACAGCGGCUGCUGUAGUACCAUCUGCACAAUCUCUCAACCUGACUGACUUCAACUUCAGUGAUUUUGAACUAUCAGAUUUUGAAACAACACUGUGUACAAUUCGAAUGUUCACAGACCUCAACUUGGUGCAGAAUUUCCAAAUGAAACAUGAGGUUCUCUGCAGAUGGAUUUUAAGCGUGAAGAAAAAUUAUCGGAAAAAUGUUGCUUAUCACAAUUGGAGACAUGCCUUUAAUACAGCACAGUGCAUGUUUGCUGCUUUAAAAUCUGGUAAAAUUCAGAGCAAACUGACUGACUUGGAAACACUGGCUUUGCUGAUAGCAACUCUAAGCCAUGAUUUGGAUCACAGGGGAGUGAACAACUCUUACAUCCAAAGAAGUGAACAUCCGCUGGCUCAACUGUACUGCCACUCCAUCAUGGAGCAUCACCAUUUUGAUCAAUGCCUGAUGAUCCUGAAUAGUCCAGGAAAUCAGAUUCUCAGCAGCCUUUCCAUUGACGAAUAUAAGGCAACACUGAAAAUGAUAAAACAAGCCAUCCUUGCAACAGACCUAGCACUAUACAUAAAGAGGAGAGGAGAAUUUUUUGAACUUCUAAGGAAAAAGCAGUUUAAUUGGGAAGAUCCUAUGCAGAAGGAGCUAUUUUUAGCAAUGCUGAUGACUGCUUGUGAUUUAUCAGCUAUAACCAAACCAUGGCCAGUUCAGCAACGGAUUGCUGAGCUUGUAGCUACUGAGUUCUUUGAUCAAGGAGAUAAAGAGCGGAAGGAACUCAACAUAGAACCAACAGAUCUAAUGAACAGAGAGAAGAAGAACAAAAUUCCAAGCAUGCAGGUUGGAUUCAUUGAUGCUGUUUGCUUGCAGCUGUAUGAGGCCCUAACGCAUGUAUCAGAGGCCUGCUACCCUUUACUGGAUGGCUGUAGAAAAAAUAGGCAGAAAUGGCAAUCCUUAGCUGAACAACAAGAGAAGAAUCUGAUUAAUGGAGAAAGCAAUCAAGCCAAACGGAACUGAGAUGCCGAUUUAAAAACCACAAGCUUAAGUUCACGUAGAAGACGUAGUAAUAGGGGAGUACUGCAUUCUACUAAACACUGUAUGAAUUUGGAUUAUGUUUUUGCCACUGCUGUAUUAUUUUUCCACAUUUCAAUAUAUAGCGUGACUGUGUAUAUGCCAAGAUCAUAUAAUUCUUUUAUUACAUCUAAAUGAGAUGGAAAAAGAUCUGCAGUUAGUUUAUACUAACCUAUUCCAUAGAAGAUAUGAGUGCAGUUUUCUCGAGUGUCCCUGAGAGCCUAAUUACUUCAUAGAUGUAUAUACAGUUGUUCAGUGAUUAUGUUGUGGCCAGUAUCUUAAAGACUACUGCAUUUCGCACCUUUAUUCCUCUUUCAGUCUUGCUGUGUUAGGCUGUAAAAGAAAUGCACAGUCUUGCCUGUUCUCUUCCCAGAGGUUUAGAAGAAAAACUGGGACUAAUGCUGGCAAGCCUGAUCCAGCAUCUACUCUACUAAUUUCUUCCAGGAAACAGAACUGGGCUUUGAAGUGGAGAAGCCCCAGAAUUUGUGUACCCAGUAGUCUUUUCAUAUUAUAAGAAUGUCUUAGCAAUGUGUUACAUUUUAAAAACCCUGUGAAUUACUAGGCAAUGGGGGGCUUAGGAGUUUCAUGGUACAGGUGUCAUAAUUAUCCAUGGAUAAUGGAAUUUGCUUGAAGACUGAUGAAAUACGUCACAACAUAACUGACAGGCUGUGUGCCUUGGAAGAAUGACCGCAAGAAGCAGAGAAAUUGAAACUAAACAACAUAUUUCUGUAUGCUCACUUUAACUUCAUUUUAAAGUUGAAUUUAACAUUGUCAUAACAAAUAAACUGAAUAACAGGCAGGAAAGGAGAAGAAAUGUGACUGCAAGAGCAAGAAAUCGGAAUGAUGCAGGAAUGGCAUGCUUCCAGUAACCAUCAGUGGCCAGUGCUAUUAAUGACCAUCAGUAGACCAGAGUUGUUAUGAAAUGGCUACGACCACUUUGAAGAAAGUAUUAUGUUAACAUAUUUUUAAAAACAUUUUUAGCACUCGUUAGCAUUAAAAAUUAUCUAACACUAUGUCUUAAAGGAACAUGAGAAAAGAAUACUGAAAGCAAAAUUAGCCCAGAAUGCUACAGGGAUUUACUGUUGGUACAUAAGAAUCAACAUUCAGCAAACUAAGAAUCAAUUUCAUUCAAACAAAGAUGAUUAAUAAAAAUGAUUUUGGACUCAUCACUGGGAGCCAAUUCAAGAAAAUAUACACAUAAGACAGUCAAAAAAAAAA